AUGGAAGAAAAGCUUCUACCGGGGGCUGUUACCAGAAAGCGGGAAAGAAGAUAUCCACGCCUUAAGAACUGGGGCCUCUCAUUAAUAUGGACACUCUUUGCGUUACUCGUUCUUUGCAAUCACUAUAACCUGUACCCCAGAUCAUACCCCUGGGACAGCCUCAAAACUCUUAAAUACAGCGGUGAACACAUAACCUGGGUACCAUGCGGCGACCUGCACAACAGACCACUCGAGUGCAGCAGCAUCGAAGUCCCCAUAGAUCAAUUCGCAACAGAGAAACCAAACCCAGAAACCAAUCUCAAGGGCUUCACAAUCCGACUGAUCCGCCUACGCGGCGCAAACGCAACACAAAACAUUCUUCUAAACCCCGGUGGCCCAGGAUCUAGCGGCUUUGAAUUCCUCUACCGCCGAGGCGAUCAACUCAAGACCAUACUGGGCGAAAGUUUCCAUCUUCUGACAUUCGAUCCGCGCGGCGUAAACAGCUCAACACCAGCAGCGUCAUGUUACCCAGAUGCCAAGAUGCGACAAGAGAAGUCGCAUCUUCUAGCGCACGACGCUGUAACCGAUAGCCCCGAGAUCUACGCGUGGGCCCGGAACUUCGCUAAAGCAUGUGCCGAAACAAUGGGCGACUAUGCGCCGUACAUCAACACCCCGCAGACAGCAGCGGAUAUGAAUAGCAUCCUUGAUGCAGUGGGCCAGGAAGAUAUGAUAUAUUGGGGCUUCAGCUACGGUACGCUCCUAGGACAGACGUACGCGGGGCUCUUCCCCGAACGAUCGAAGCGGGUCGUUAUCGACGGAGUCGUGAACCAGUUCGAGUGGUACGAGGGCGUGGGUUUAUCCGAAGAUCUCACCGACACGGAGAGAGUGCUUGAUGGGUUCUUUGACGAAUGCAUGAAAGCAGAUGCUGGCAGCUGUGCACUCGCCUCACUAGCAACGUCGAAAGAAGAGCUACGCGAAACGGUCCUUUCGUCUCUAGACCAGCUCCGGCAUCAGCCAGUCGACGUAUACAUCAACAACACCGUCUACGGAAUCCUAACCUACGAACAGGUCUGGUAUUACGGUGUAUUUCACGCAUUAUACAAACCUCCACUGUGGUCGUCCCUCGCAGCGAAUCUCUACAGCCUAUUUCAAGGAAACGCAACACCCGCCUUCCUAGCCUAUAACGCGGCCGGAAAACGAAAUGACGAGUCCUCCGAUUUCGUCGAACUAAACGAUGGCCGCACAGGUCCAUCUCACUGGCCACAGGGCAAAGACCCACUUCUCGCACAGAUCACACCCUGGCUCAACCAGAGUCUCUUCAGAACAGGAUUCCUCACAAUGUACUACGAGAAACAGCAGUGGAAAGUGCCGAGGACGCAUCAGUAUGUGCCGCGGCGAGGUGUAGAGACUGCGCAUCCGCUGCUGAUCCUCUCGACUACCUAUGACCCUAUUUGUCCGCUUGUAUCGGCGCGCACGGCUAAUGAGGCUUGGGCUGGAUCGCAGGUUGUGGAGGUUGAGGGAUAUGGACAUUGUUCUGUUGCUGUGGCUUCGGUCUGUGCUGCGAAGCAUCUGCGUGCGUUCUUGCUUGGGGGGACGCUUCCUGAUGCGUAUACGCGGUGUAAGGUUGAUUCUGUGUAUUUUGGGAACCCGGAUGAACAUGGACGCAUGGCUGCCCAGGCGUAUUUUGAGGACCCGGAGGACCAAAAGAUUCACCUUGCGCAAUUGGAGCUCAUGGCGGGAUGGGAGUUUUCUCGUUCGACUGUGUGGUGA